AUGCCUCGUCAAAGCCGUGGUCGUGCACCUGCCGCCCCUGCGCGCAGCGCUCCUACUCGUCCUACCGCUGCUCCAGCCAGGCCUGCUGCUCCUCAUACACAGCAGAGCCAACCUCACUCCACCGCUGCUCACCCUCCUGCUCCCGUGCAACAGGCUCCUGCCCAAAGCCAGGGACCGGGUCUCUUUGGCCAGAUGGCCUCUACUGCUGCUGGUGUCGCAGUCGGCUCUUCCAUCGGCCACGCCAUCGGCGGUUUCUUCUCUGGCGGAUCCAGCGCCCCUGCUGAACCCCAACAAGCUCAAGCCCCCGCCGAGGCCAUGGACAACGGUCUCUACGCCAGCCAGAACUCUGCCUCCUCCUGGGAUACCCCCGCCUGCGCGACCGAUGUGCAGAACUUCCGCAAGUGCAUGGACGACAACCAGGGAAAUAUGACUAUCUGUGGAUGGUAUCUGGACCAGCUGAAGGCUUGCCAGGCUGCUGCUAAGCCUUACUAG